UUCAGUACGCGUGCGCUCGGUCAGCUGCGGGGUGAGCGCGAGCUUGGGCUCGCACCCUGCUCCCCCAACCCCGCCCGCUCUUCCCCUAACCGUGGCUGCUGGCUCGGUGGGCUCGCGGGGAGACGCGCGCACGCGCACAGGACUCGGAGACGAGCUCGAGACACUGAGGAGGGGAGUAAGAAGCAUCGGAGGAGGCAUUAGAAGAGGAGAUUGCUACGGGAAUAUAUGACUACAUAAAAGGAAGUGCAUUCUGAUACUUCUGAUACCUGAGAUGUAAGUGGACUGAAGAGAGAAACAGGAAAAAGUGUAGUGCCAACUUUAGUUACAAUGGCCACUGAUUCUGGGGAGCCAGCUAGCACAGAAGAUUCUGAGAAGCCUGAUGGAGUUUCCUUUGAAAACAGGGUUGCCCGGGCUGUUGCACCUCUGACUGUAGAAGCUAGAAUAAAGGAAAAAUAUAGUACCUUUUCUGCUUCUGGGGAAACCAUUGAAAGAAAGAGAUUUUUCCGAAAGAGUGUUGAGAUGACAGAAGAUGACAAAGUUGCCCAAUCUUCCCGCAGGGAUGAAAGAAAAGUUGCAACAAAUAUUUCAAGAGUAGAAAAAGUUCCUACAAAUGUGCUAAGAGGUGGGCAAGAAGUUAAAUAUGAGCAGUGUUCAAAGGCAACCUCAGAAUCCUCAAAAGAUUGCUUCAAGGAGAAAACUGAAAAGGAAAUGGAAGAAGAAGCAGAAAUGAAGGCUGUCGCAACGUCCCCUAGUGGCAGGUUUCUAAAAUUUGAUAUAGAGCUGGGAAGAGGCGCUUUUAAAACAGUAUAUAAAGGAUUGGACACUGAAACAUGGGUUGAAGUUGCUUGGUGUGAGCUACAGGACCGCAAAUUAACUAAAGCUGAGCAGCAACGGUUCAAAGAAGAAGCUGAGAUGUUGAAAGGCCUCCAGCAUCCCAAUAUAGUUCGAUUUUACGAUUCCUGGGAGUCCAUAUUGAAAGGAAAGAAAUGUAUUGUUUUAGUGACUGAACUAAUGACAUCAGGAACCUUAAAGACGUACUUAAAACGAUUUAAAGUCAUGAAACCAAAGGUCUUAAGAAGCUGGUGCAGGCAAAUUUUAAAAGGAUUGCAGUUCUUACACACAAGGACGCCUCCUAUUAUUCACCGGGAUCUGAAAUGUGACAACAUUUUCAUCACAGGACCCACUGGAUCUGUGAAGAUUGGUGAUCUGGGACUUGCAACCUUAAUGCGCACAUCCUUUGCUAAGAGUGUCAUUGGCACUCCUGAGUUUAUGGCUCCAGAGAUGUAUGAAGAACACUAUGAUGAAUCUGUAGAUGUUUAUGCUUUUGGGAUGUGUAUGUUGGAAAUGGCUACUUCGGAGUAUCCAUAUUCUGAGUGCCAGAAUGCAGCACAAAUAUACCGUAAAGUAACCAGUGGCAUAAAACCAGCCAGCUUCAAUAAAGUCACAGACCCUGAAGUGAAAGAAAUAAUUGAAGGAUGUAUUAGACAAAACAAAUCUGAAAGGUUAUCGAUCAAGGAUCUACUGAACCAUGCAUUCUUUGCUGAGGAUACUGGACUGAGGGUGGAGUUAGCAGAGGAAGAUGAUUGCUCAAAUUCAUCCCUGGCUCUAAGACUCUGGGUUGAAGAUCCUAAGAAAUUAAAAGGCAAACAUAAAGACAAUGAAGCUAUUGAAUUCAGUUUCAACUUAGAAGCAGAUACACCUGAGGAAGUAGCGUAUGAAAUGGUCAAGUCUGGAUUCUUCCAUGAAAGUGAUUCCAAAGCUGUUGCUAAGUCCAUUAGGGACCGUGUGACCCUGAUUAAAAAGAUAAGGGAAAAGAAGCCUGCUGGAUGCUUAGAGGAACGCAGGGAUUCCCAGUGCAAGCGUGUGAGGAAUGUAAAUCCUCAGCAGCAGACUGCAACUUUACGACCUGCUCCUGGUCCACACAAUGCGGCUGAGUGUGAAGAAACAGAAGUUGAUCAACAUGUUCGACAGCAGUUUGUACAAGGCAAAGCACAGCAGCAGCCCUCCUCUGUUAGGGGUGACACUUCAUCUGAACCAGCAGCUGGACCAGGUGUACAUUCAGAUACUUCAAGUCGCCCCACUGUAGCCUAUUCUUCAAACCAGGCAACUAGUUCUCAGGAGCAGCCAAAGCUGACUCGGUCUCCAGUUUUGCCUGUGGUUCAAGGUCAGUCUUCUGUUAUGCCCAUAUAUGCUGCUGGACCUGCAGUUGCUUCACAGUCCCAGAUUUCUCCAUUAACUAUCCAGAAGGUCUCACAGAUAAAGGUAAGACACAUUUCUUGUUUGUUUGUUUGUUUGUUUCCUUGUAUCCCAAAUCCAAUUGAUCUGAACAAUGAAACAACUCCUCAAAAAUCCAGAUUUUGUUCAAGCUUGAAUCAAGAUGUGACAUCUGUGAAAGAAAACACCAAUAGCCCUGAUACCCCAAGUGGAAAUGGCAAACAGGAUCGGAUCAAACAAAGAAGAGCCUCCUGUCCCCGACCAGAGAAGGGGACUAAAUUCCAGCUUACUGUCCUUCAGGUCUCAGUCUCUGGAGACAACAUGGUGGAAUGUCAGCUGGAAACACAUAACAACAAGAUGGUCACGUUCAAGUUUGAUGUUGAUGGUGAUGCACCUGAGGAUAUCGCUAACUAUAUGGUUGAAGAUAACUUUGUGCUGGAAAAUGAGAAAGAAAAAUUUGUAGAGGAAUUGAGGGCUAUCGUAGGUCAAGCCCAGGAGAUCCUUCAUGUCCACUCAGCUGCAGAAAAAUCUAUUGGUGUUGAUUCUGUUGCCUUGGAAUCUAACAGUAACCAAACAGGAUCAUCUGAACAAGUAUUGAUAAAUUCUGCAUCCACUCAAACUAGCAGUAAGUAUACUUAAUAAAAUUUACCAUUUGGCUUUUAAA